AUUCGGUUCUAGACCUUCAAGUAAGUACAAAGAGAAGAGAGACCCAUUUCUGAGGCCGAAGAUAACUUGAUCAAACAGAGUCCAUGAACUGAUACCUCCAUCUACAGAAACAAUGUCUAUUUCAAUGGCCUUGUUCUCUCCUCCUCCGCCUACCCACCUCCUACGAUUCCUCUCCUCCAAACCCAAUUUCACUCAUAAGCCCACUCUCUUUCUCGGACCCAAAAUUCCUUUCAUUCUCCUCUCCCUUCCAAAAUCCUCCACUGACAAUGGUGCUGGAAUUUCAGCUGCUGUAGAAGAACUAAAACCGGAGGAAAAUGUUGCUCAGAAUUCUGGAUCUGCUGCGGAGGCUGAAGAGACCUCUUUGCCUCCCAAAGUUGCUGUGGCUGAUGCUGAUGUGAAGCUGGAUAGUAAAUUUGUGGAACCCAGAUGGAUUGGAGGUACUUGGGACUUGAAGCAGUUUCAGAAAGAUGGGAAAACUGAUUGGGAUGCUGUAAUUGAUGCAGAGGUUAGGAGGAGAAAAUGGCUCGAGGAAAAUCCAGAAUCAUCCAGCAACGAUGACCCUGUAGUUUUUGACACCUCAAUCAUUCCAUGGUGGGCUUGGAUAAAAAGAUCCCAUCUACCUGAAGCAGAACUACUUAAUGGCCGGGCUGCGAUGAUUGGAUUCUUUAUGGCCUACUUUGUAGAUAGUUUAACUGGUAUUGGUCUAGUUGAUCAAACGAACAACUUCUUCUGCAAGAGUUUAUUGUUCAUGGCUGUGGCAGGAGUACUUCUAAUCCGAAAGAAUGAGGACAUAGAAACUCUAAAAAAGUUGCUAGAGGAGACAACCUUUUAUGACAAGCAAUGGCAAGCAACCUGGCAGGAUGAGAUCCCUAGUAGUUCCAAAACAGAGUAGCUCGAAGUUGAUUUGUGCUUUAAGCUUUAGUUGUAGUAUUUGAUUCUCAUUCUAUGCUGUGUGUAAUUGUCUGCGGAUGAUAAUAUGGUUUUAAUUUUUAUCCCACUUCAAUCAA